AGAGAGGGUACUGUAGGCCCAUACUAUCGCUCUGUCACCAGCCUAUUUUAAAAUGUAUUGAAAAGUGCAAAACUAGAAUGUAAAAGCGUUACACAGGCGACAUCACCGUAAAUAAUAAUGACAGCACCUGCCUGAUAAUGCCUGAUUUUAUGUUUGAUUUGGAGAGGAGAGACCCGCGGCAGAGGCCCCCCGCCCCCGAAACUCCAUGGCUACGGCCUUGGCUAAUUUGUUGUGGGAGGGAUGGUUUUUACAGCUGUAACAAAACCACUGCUUUUGAAAUGCCCACUGCAAAGUCCUGUAAAUUCGUGUCCGCUCUUCUGCCCCAGCACUUUGUGCGUCCGGCGCGUACAGGAAAUAUCAACGCGCACACGCAACAUGACCGAUUAUGAAGAUGCAAUCGCCUUCCUCGGGGAGUGGGGACGUUUCCAGCAGCAGGUGUUCUUCCUCCUCUGUAUGGCCAUCAUCCCUAACGGUUUCGCCGGAAUGUCCAUCGUGUUUGUGGCCGACACGCCGCCCCACAGCUGCUCCAUUCCGGCGGACGUCAACCUCACCGCCGCCUGGAGGAACAGCAGCAUCCCUCUGGAGGAGAGCCUCACCGGCGACCUGGUGCCCAGCAAGUGCUCCAGAUACAGACUCACAGACAUAGUGAGUUUCUCCGAGAGGGGCUUGCUGCCGGGCGUUGAUGUCAACCUGUCUAAGGUGGCAGUGGAGGGCUGCUUGGACGGGUGGGACUACGACCGCAGCGUGUACAUUUCCACCAUCGUUUCUGAGUGGGACCUGGUGUGUGAUAACAAGUGGAAGAAGCCGCUGACCUCCUCUCUCUUAUUCUGCGGAGUUUUCACUGGCUCCUUCAUUUCAGGACAGCUAUCCGACAGGUAUGGGAGAAAAAUAGUGUUGUUUGUUGCCAUGGCGGUCCAGACAGUGUUCACCUUCGCCCAGGUCUUCUCUCCAUCCUGGGCCGUGUUCUGCACCCUCUACUUCAUUAUCGGGGUGGGAAACAUCUCCAAUUAUAUGACUGCGUUUGUGCUAGGAACAGAGAUACUAGGCCCACGGGUCCGGACAAUUUUCACCACCGCUGGUGUGAGUCUUUUCUUUGCUGUGGGCUACAUGCUGCUGCCAGUGCUUGCUUUCUUCACCAGAAACUGGAAAAUGCUAGUCUUAUGCCUCGCCCUGUCAGACUUUCUCCUUGUGCCUUUGUGGUGGUACAUCCCAGAGUCUCCUCGUUGGCUGCUCUCACAGAGGAGAGUAGAAGAGGCUGAGGCUAUAAUCAGACAGGCUGCUAAGAAGAACAAAAUCGAGCCGCCGCAGGUCAUCUUUGAUCCUUUGCAGAAGGAACUUCAAUCUGAGAGGAGGAAGGCACAAAACAUCUGUGACCUGCUCCGUUCUCAAAACAUUCGCUGGAUCUCUGUCACGCUGUGGCUGGUCUGGAACAUCGUGACCAUCGCCUACUUUGCUCUUUCCCUCAACACAGCGAACCUUCAUGGUAAUGCCUACUUCAACUGUUUCCUGUCAGCACUGGUAGAGAUUCCAGCCUACGUUUUGUCAUGGGUUAUGUUUCGCUGGUUUUCCAGAAGACUGAGUCUUUUUUCAACCCUCUUCUUGGGAGGAUUGUUUCUACUCCUCAUACAGCUCGUACCAGCAAACCUGACUUACCUAGCCAUUACACUCGAAAUGAUGGGGAAGUUUGCAGUAACGACAGCAUUUGCUGUUGUGUAUGCAUACACAGCAGAAGUCUACCCAACUGUACUGAGGAACACGGCUUUGGGCGCCUGCUCGAUGGCCUCCAGGAUCGGCAGCAUCGUUGCCCCGUACUUUAUUUACCUAAGAAGCUAUUCAGUUUCACUGUCUUACAUCCUCAUGGGAAGCCUUACAGCUCUGUGGGGGUUGCUGAGUCUCCUUCUGCCUGAGACCUAUGGAAUGCCUCUGCCUGACACCAUCACUCACAUGCAGCACUUCCCUGGAUGUUGUCAGAAGACACUUAAUAAAUGCACAGACAUAGAAGAGAAGGAAAACGCCAAUGAAGUCUCCAGCUGUCCCCUGAACAAGCAGCAGCAGUGACAUCCUGCUUGAGGCAAAUAACUGAACGUCUGUCGUCAUCUGACCAUAUUGUCAAAUGAUACAACUUCAGCAGGACCAAGGAACAUAACAGUUAGCUCCAAAAAACUGAAGCAAAAAUCCAAGUCAUUGUACAUGCUCAUGCACCAAUGCAGCUGUUGCCAUUCUCAGACAAUACAGCUGUUCACUGCUGUAAAAGAUGAAAAUACUAACAGUACAUACAGCUUCUAAUAUUCUGAUACCAAUUUAAUCACAACCAGAGGCCACAGGUGUGGUGAUAUGGAACAAAUGCACCUUUAAUUUCACAUUUACCUCUUGAAUACUAAAUAUUUUGUAUACAUCUCGAUUUCAGAUAGCAUGCACAAUUCAAGUCCAAGCACAAUUUUAUUUACUCCACUUUUUACGAAAAGGUCAUGUAAUGUCAUUAAAUCUUGUUUAUCUUGUACUGACUGGCAUUUUACGACAUGAAUCCUCAACUGAAACAGUAAGGAGUAGGAACGAAAUGCGAAAACAGUGUUUAUUAAUGAUUAAUUCAUGUAAGUAAUGGGUCAAACAAUCAGAGUCGACUUUCGAUUUCAGGAUUUGAAUGUUCUUUUUGAGUGAUGAUCGGACAUGUCAUGCUGUUGGAACAAAACAAAACACACAAAGAAAACAUAAUUUGGUUUAGUUUUCAGCAAAGGGAAGGGUCAAGUUUGAAUAUUUUUUUCACUGCUACCAGCUUUAUUAUAAAAUGAACCCUGCAAAGACUGAAGCCACCACUGACACAUCCUCUCAAGAGCGAUGAUGAUGAUGAUGGUUUCUGCGGUUUUAUAAAAAUAAUUAUCUGUGAUAUUUCGUGUUGUUGUUUUUGUUGCUACUGGCUUGUCUGAAUACUGAGUAUCAGGAAGUUUUGUGUGGGGAAAAACCUCAGGCACUUAAAAUGAAUCCUUUUCCAGCACUUGUCACAACACUACAGUUCGCCAUACAUUCACAGUAUACUGUAAAGUGUUUACUUCAAAUCCACAACUGACCACUGGGUUCAGCUAUGGGAUGAAACAAUAUUACCAGAAAAACAGAACCGUCUGCAGAAAGCCACGGCUGAGACUUGAGCUAAACACAUGCUGUGUGAGGUAAAGCUCUUAAGAUGAAGUAAAACUUGCUGAUUUUGGGCUGUGACAACAGAGUACUUAUAGACUUUCUAACAGCUGAUAUGUUACAAAUUCAGAGUGAGUAGUUUAAUUGACUUUUGUCUUUUAAUACUUCUAGGAUCUGGUUAGUCGACACACUGGGGCCUUAAAUACAUAAGUGCAUCAUUUCGAAUUGUUUGUACAUUAUAAUAAUAUUGACAAAAGAGUUUUCAAAGAUGAAUGCAUUCCUUCAGGGACCCACCUUUCUGCCUUAUGCAUCUGUUGAAUAGUUUGAGGUAGAGGUCGUCUAAAGGUCUCUGGCAGGAAGAAAGCCGCAAAGGCAGACGCAACAGCCAGAGUCCCCAUUAUGAUAUAAGGCAGGUGCUUAAAGUAGAAUUCUGUACAAGGAGAAGGGGACAUUAAGUUCUUUGCCACUGUGCUAAGAUGAAUCCAGGUUAAACAAGCGUCGGUAAUGACUAUUAAAGACAAGUUUACUCACUCAGUUC